UACAUUUCUUUAUAUUUAUUUGAACCUAUUUAAUUAUUUGAUAUAAGCGACUAAUGUAAACAUCAUGGAAAAACCAAGGACGGGUGGCAGUGUUGAAACAACCCUGUGUAUCGUGUGAGGCACUGACAAUCGAUAUGGCUGGGAGAAGAGGGGUUGCUGCCCUGGCACAGAAGAAGUUACUUGUUCUCGUUGACCUAGACGGUGUCAUGGCUGAUUUUGAGGGACACUUUCUUACAAAAUGGAAACAGAAAUAUCCUGAUGAACCAUUUGUUGCUUUGGAAGAUAGGAGAACAUUUUACCUGGCUGAUCAGUAUGAAUCUCUAAAAGAAGGACUGAAGCCAAUGGUUAAAUCUGUUUAUGAGUCUAAAGGAUUCUUCCGAGAUUUACCUCCAAUAGCUGGUGCUUGCAGUGCAGUCAAAGAAAUGAAUGAGAUGGAUGGAGUAGAGGUGUUCAUAUGUUCAAGUCCACUAUUCUUCUACAAACACAGUGCUAAGGAAAAGUUCAUGUGGGUUGAGCAUUAUCUAGGGAAGAACUGGAUAAAUAAAAUUAUACUGACCAGAGACAAAACUAUGGUCAGUGGACACUUACUGAUAGAUGAUAAUGUGAAAAUCAAAGGUGCUAUUGAUCCUCCGUCAUGGGAACAUAUAGUUUUCACAGCUUACUACAAUACAGACAUGAACCUGAGGGGAAAGAGGCGACUGUACAACUGGACAGAUGGAUCGUGGAAAGAUCUCAUCCUAGAGUUCAAAAGAAAACUUUGACGGCGUCUUCUAUUAGGAACUCAAUAGUUAUGCAACAAGCAAUUCUCUUUAUCUAUGCAGGGAUUUUAAUUCAUUUUAAAAAUAGUAUUCGUUAUAUGUGAUAUUAUUUAACCUUUAAUUGUAUUUGUUUUGGUAAAUAUUUUGUUACCAAAAACUUUUGUUGUCUUUUUUAUGAGAGAUAAUUUUCAAGAUUCUCAAAUUCAGAGAAAUACAUUUUAGUUCAUCAUAUGAAAAUCUAGCCAUUGUUAUUAUGUCUGGACGUUGAUAUACUGUCUGGACAACAGAUAUUACAAUUCAUUUUAAAAAUAAUUUGAAAAGAUAUGCAUGGACGUAUUUUUUUUUUGUUUCUUAUGAAUAAAGGGGAAUAACUCCUGCAUUCUUUAAAAAAUUAAUGAAACAUAUCAUUAUAUU